UGUAGAUCUAGUUUUUGUUCAAAUCGAAAAGUAAACAUUAUUCUUUAAUUAGCAACACGGUGAAGUUUGAAGUUAGUUAUUGACCUUGUUUAUAAUAUGUUGCACCAGGUGUUGAAUUAUACAGUUUAACUUUUAGAUCAAGAUCCAGUGUUUUGGGAAUGUAUCUUUUCGUAAAAGUGGCAAGUCUUGUUUUUUCCUUUCUUCCGGAAUAUGAAACAGCAGAUGAUUGUGGCAGUAGGUGGUUCGGAACUCAAUGUGAAUUCGAAUGUCACUGUAUGGACAAUAGAUGUCAAACAAAUGGAGAGUGCGAAACAAACUACGCCUGUAAAACUGGAUAUUUUGGACACGCGUGUCAAUUGGUGAAUAUAGCAUUGCCCAACGUGGAGUACCCAGAACUAUCAGACCAAAAUGACAAAACUUGUAUCGAUGACUCGAAUGUCCAAAAUGUCACAAUAGAACUGGAACCUUUUCCUUUGAAACAUUUUCAGCUCGUUUUCCAGAACGAUACCUUUAUUACCCUGAUUUCCGACUUGAUCAUCAUCAUGUGGCCUCCUAACAAUACCGGGGACCUCCGUGGCCCUGCCGUGUCUACCUUCUGCAGACCUAUACCGACUUCGGCCAACGUAGUGGACGUUCACUGCAGAGGAACGUCGGACCUUGUGGCUGUGCUCCUCUUACAAGGGGAUGUGGUCGGCUUACUCUGCUCAGUGUACAUCAGCAAAGGUAGAAACAUGGCUCUCCACCAAAAAGUCAACGCCACUUCAGUGUACACGCUUUACAGCGCCGAAAACGCCGUCGAUGGAAACUUGGGUCUAGACGCAUUCAAUGCUCAAGAUUGCUACCAUUCCUCUACUUCGGACAGUAGACCAACACUGACCAUCGAGUUUAACAAUACAGUGUAUAUUUUUCAAUUUGUCGUUUACAAUCGAAAAGAUUUAAAAAUAAGACUACGUGGUUUUAGUCUAGAAACAGUCUCAUCACUUGGAUUUCAACUGUGGAAAUACUUUGACACCCAGCCAGAUCAGCUAAUUUAUUAUGUUGUGAACAGCAAAGACUAUUUAUUAGAAUCCACUAAAAUAGUAUACCUUCGGCUAACUAACAUAGCCCCGGGAUCGUCUAAUCCAAUAAUUAAUAUGUGUGAACUACAAGUGUUUGGAGAAUGUGGCGACAAUACUUGGGAACUAAACUGCACUAAGCCCUGCUCCCAAAAUUGCAGCAUUCUCGGCUGUGAUUCGCAAGGUGUGUGUUAUAAUUGUAAAGACAACAAGUACGGUCGUAAUUGCGACUUAGAUUGCUCCGCUGGAUGCACCUCGAGGUCUUAUGGAUCUUGUCACCGUGUUAGUGGAUAUUGCUAUAAUAACUGUCCAGAAAAAUGGUACGGCCCGAAAUGCGACAAAGCUUGCCCGGUGAAUUGCUUAUUGAACGAAUGCAACAGAACCACAGGAUAUUGUUCAACUAAUUGUAAAAAUGGCUUCUAUUCCAAAGACUGCUCUAUGAAAUGUCCUGCUCAGUGUAAUCUGUAUUGCGAAAAGAAUACCGGAAAUUGCACUGGAGGUUGCAAUCUAGGCUACUACGGUACCAGGUGCCAAUUCAAUUGCACAACGCCAAACUGCAAAGUUCCAGGUUCAUGUGGUCAAGAAGAUGGGACUUGUGAUGAAGGUUGUAAAACAGGGUAUUACCUAGAAUAUUGUUUUGGAAGAUGUCCCGAAAACUGUGCUAAUGGAUGUAAUAAAAUAAAUGGAAGUUGCACUGGCGCAUGCAAACAUAACUAUUAUGGUCAGAACUGCACAUUAGAUUGUUCGAGAAACUGUGCAGACAACGUCAGCUGCAAUUCUUCAACAGGUUUAUGUCCCAAGGGAUGUAGGCAAGGCUUUUAUAACGAUUAUUGCUCAAAAGAAUGCCCAAUAGGCUGUCGGAUGUGUGAGAAGUACAGUGGAGUCUGCUUUGGCGCUUGUAAAAGGGGCUAUUACGGUGAUCAAUGUGCAUCAACAUGCCCUGUGAACUGCGAAGAUUGUGACGGUAUAGGAGUCUGUAUUAGUGACUGCGUUAAAGGCUUCUACGGGGAUACAUGCAAUGAAGCAUGCCCUGAAAACUGUGAGGUAUGCGAGAAUCUGACAGGCAUCUGUGUCGGGGAAUGCGACGCUGGGUUUUACGGCGAACUCUGUGAAUUGCGAUGCCCCCUUAACUGUCUUGAUAACAUGUGUAAUAGGAAGUUUGGAGUGUGUAACCCACAGGGAUGUGAAAUUGGCUUCUACGGAGAUUACUGUAACUUGACUUGCAGUGACCAGUGUGAAGCGACUCUUGGUUGUGACAAGACAUCGGGGGCUUGCAUCAAACAUUGCGAUAAGGGUUUUUACGGAAAAGGUUGUUUUAAAGAAUGUAGUGAAAAUUGCAGAGAGUCGAAAUCCUGCAUUUCUGGCAAUGGUCUUUGUAUAGGAGGGUGCAAACCUGGGUUUUAUCUCUCACAAUGCACCGGAGAUUGCGCUGUAAAGUGUGAAGAGGAGGUUCCUUGUUCACCUGAAGGGAAAUGUGGAGGAUACUGUCCAGUUGGAUUAUGGGGACCCAACUGCACUAGCGUUUGCCCAAGAAAAUGUUAUUUUGGCACAUGUGAUAAAACCACUGGAGACUGUAACAAUGGCUGCCCAAAAGGACUCUACGGGAAUCAAUGUACAAAAGACUGCGCCCCUACCUGUGUUGAUGUAGAGUGCUUUGCCAAUGGAUCCUGCCUGACGUGUGACGACGGUGUUUACGGAGCCUCUUGUGAUAAAAAGUGCAAUGACAACUGUGACAGUAUUGGGUGCGAACAAGAGUCGGGUAUCUGCUUCAGAUGUAUUCAAGGUUAUGCCGGUGACUUUUGUGAUAAAGCAUGUACUAACUGCUUAAAUGGCGGCCCAUGUGAUAAGAAAACCAGAGCUUGCGCUAAGGGGUGUGUAUCAGGAUUUACUGGAGAUACAUGCGACAUAGCUACAUCCACCUCCAAAUGGCUCAUUGCUAUUUCAGUCAUUAUAUUGAUAGUAGUCAUGACAGCCAGUGCUUUCCGCUUGCGUAAUAAAUUAGUCUCUGGAGGAGAAGAGGAAUGAGAAGGAGAUCUAAGAAUGACUUCGUUCAAUAAGUCAUCUGUUCACUAGACUGACUUUUACGACUUGCAAGGACUGACUCACAGAACUCUCACUAGUUUUGACAAGACUCACUGAGGCACAAGACCAUCUAGUUCACUAGACUCGCUGAACCUUCUUUGACUGGUUCUCAAGACUUAAUGACUCACGGGACUUUUUUUUGUUUUUAACUGGUUCACAGAUUCACUGACCUAGAAGACUUUCUUUAACUGGUUUACAAGACUUUUUAAAAGUGUAACUCAAUAUUUCUUUUUACUCACUCACCAUUUUUACCUUACCAGAAACUAUCUGAUUGUUACACGAGACUGACUCGAAAUCUUUCACCGAGCAUCAUUUCGUUUGUGUAAAUAUGUAAAUAAAAUGUGCAAAACACCAA